AUGAUCAUCUUUGUGACUGUGUCCGGGGCUAGGACACAGCUGCCAAGGUGCUAUAGCUUGAUUGUUUAUGGACAACACGAGCUGGGUGUGCUAAAUCGAAUGUUUCAAAACCUCAAGGCUCGGCGUGGAGUUUCCGGCAAUUCAGAAUACGUCGUGCAAUCAGCUAGUCCUCCCUUCGAGAGAAACAGAGCGAAAAAGCAACAGGCCUGCACAUUCUGUAAACUGAAAAAGUUAAAGUGUACUCCCCAAGAGUCAAGUUGCGCAAGAUGCCUUAAGCAGGGCUUGCAAUGCUCGUAUAGCACAGUCGAUACGACGGAGAUGACUAUAGAUUAUACCGAUCCAACAGAUACCUCUGCAAUAGACAGACGACAAUCGGACCCGACAAGCGACAGUGGUAAUGAAGUGGACUUGCCAGCCAAUAGCAGCCUGUCGGAUCCCAUCCAUGAUGAUCAUGAUUCCUCUUUGCACUUCUUUUUUCCAAAUGUCGACUUCUCAGGUCUGAUGAAUAACGCUGAUGGCCUAGGUACUUGCACUGGAAUUAGUGAUCCUGAAGUAGACUUUUGGCAUCGAGACCCGACAGCAUUUCCCCCGAACCAAAUAUCCGAUUUUACUGCAGACUUUAUCUCGGACUGUGCGCUCGAAGGUGACAAAAACAAUCCUGGAGGAGAACCCAUAAACGGUUCCAAAACAUGGCCACAACCUGCAUCCACCAUGGCUGGAGACACCGAUUGCAUUCACGUGCAAGUACCCCGAGCGUCCAGUACGACUCCGACUCCGGCGCCAACUUCGGCGACAAGGGCUAAAUCGUUAAGUGGUGUUUCUGGUACGGGGUGCUCUGGGCCCGAGAUGAGCAGUACCCAGCCGGCGCAGUCUCUGUCCAGUACAUGCCGAUGUCUAGAUCAUGUGCUAUGUGCGAAUAAAGCAAUGCAGGUCAAGUUGGUCUGGGGAGCAAGUUUACGAAGCGGAACCAGCGUCAGUGUGGAUGACAUGCUGCAGUGUCAGAAAGAUGUAUUGGGAAGCUGCGAAACGUUGCUGAAAUGCAACAGUUGCCGGUUACGGGCUGAGUAUCUCAUGUUGGUCGUCUCUAUGUGUCAUGAGAUGACGAACGUCCUGGGAGACUUUUAUACCAUGACAGUGCCCAGAUCUCAAUGCGAGAGCUCCAAGAGGCCGCGCCGGGGCAGUGACAAAUUGACGAGUGCUACGAGGGGUGUGUUGGCCGGUGGUUGGCAACUUGAGGACGAGGACGAGGUGCAGAUCAUACGACGUCUGAUCGGCGUCCGUAUAACGAAGCUUGGUAACCUAAUCAGUCAGCUUGAGACAGCCGUGAGCUCCAAUCAUUCAACUUAUGAGUGGAUCAUCCGUGCACUCAGGGAGCUCAAUACAGAUAAGAUAGUCUCAAUUAGGUCAGAGGGAGAUAGCAUCCCCUCUAAUGUAGACUCUUAG